AUGCGUCGGACUCAUCAGACUCCAAACUUUAAAGCCUUUCAAUUGCCUUCUCAGAGGCCCACAGAUGCCUGGUCCCCACCUAAGAGUAGCAGAACUGCCAUCACCGAUCUUGCAUCGUCAGCUCAAGAUGAUGUUCAAUUGGAUGCCUUUGAUCUGGAAUUACUAGCCUCAGAGGACAGGGACGAGACAAUCCAAGCUUCAGGAUUUGGAGGUCCUACAUCUACGCCGCUUCAAGCGUCUCGUCAGCCUGAUCUAAAUCCACCGCAAUUCUCUCGUUUCUUUCAGCCAAGCUCGAGUAUCACUUCUUCGCGCUGGAAUGGGUCCAGUUCGUCAGACCCUGUACUCGGGCCUUCGUCAAGCCCAUUGGCACUUUUUCGUCAGAGGAAGGACGAAAUCCGGAUGGGAAAACGCCGCCUCGAGACAAGUGAUGAGACUAGCCAGUCCUCGCUUCAGGGAUCGAUCCCCCAAGCAAGCCCAGAGGCUUUGACUAGCAAUAGACAAAAUCACAACCCUUUCAGCAACAUUCCACCCUCUGUGCGGGGAAUCGUCCUCGUAUCAGUAAAUGACAUGCCGGAGAAUUACCGGUCGAUGUUUCCCUUCCCUCUUUUUAAUGCUAUUCAAUCCAAAUCCUUCCACUCCGCCUAUAACAGCAAUGACAACAUCGUCUUGUCUGCACCAACCGGCAGCGGCAAGACAGUGGUAAUGGAAUUGGCUAUCUGCAGACUUCUCAACACCCUCAAAGACGAACGCUUCAAAGUCGUCUACCAAGCACCCACCAAGUCCCUCUGCAGCGAGCGCUUCCGAGACUGGCAUACAAAAUUCUCCAGCUUGAAUCUCCAGUGCGCAGAACUGACUGGAGACACGGAUCACAUGCAGCUACGCAACGUUCAGAGUAGCCAAAUUAUCAUCACCACGCCCGAGAAAUGGGAUAGCAUGACUCGGAAAUGGAAAGAUCAUACGAAGUUGAUACAGCUCGUGAAGCUCUUUCUCAUCGAUGAGGUACAUAUUCUGAAGGAGACACGAGGAGCUACGCUUGAGGCUGUGGUUUCUCGGAUGAAGAAUAUCGGAUCGAAUGUGCGAUUUGUUGCGUUGAGUGCUACUGUUCCCAACUCCGAGGAUAUUGCUACCUGGCUUGGGAAGGACGCGACAAACCAGCAUGUUCCUGCGCACCGGGAGCAUUUUGGUGAGGAGUUUCGUCCUGUCACGUUGAAGAAGUUUGUCUAUGGGUAUCCGUCUAGCUCGAAUGACUUUGCAUUUGAUAAAAUCUGCGGUUCAAAGUUACCCGAAGUGCUCGGAAUGCAUUCAUGCCAGAAGCCUAUUAUGAUCUUUUGUUGCACGCGGAACUCAUCGCUCGCGACGGCGAAAGAAUUGGCUCGGCUUUUUACAUUGACGAAUCCACCUGCCAGGCUUUGGAAGGAGCCCAAGAAGCGCCUCGAAGCUCAUAACGAGGACCUGAAGACAACACUCCCUGCUGGUGUAGCAUUCCACCACGCUGGGCUGGGCCCCGCCGAUCGCCACACUGUUGAAACAGGUUACAGAGAAGGGCAUAUAAAUGUCAUAUGCUGCACGUCUACACUUGCAGUUGGAGUCAACCUACCUUGCCAUCUAGUGGUAAUCAAAAACACUGUCAGUUGGCAAGAUGGAGGCUGCAAGGAGUACUCGGAUUUGGAGAUGAUGCAGAUGCUGGGCCGUGCGGGCCGACCCCAAUUCGAUGACAGUGCAACAGCUGUCAUCUUAACCAGAAAGGAACGGGUCACUCACUAUGAGAAACUAGUGCAGGGCUCUGAGAGUUUGGAGAGUUGCCUGCACUUGAACCUCAUUGAUCACCUUAACGCCGAGAUUGGCCUAGGAAAUAUCUCGGACGUGGAAUCGGCUGUCAAAUGGCUUGCUGGUACAUUCUUGUUUGUGAGACUUCGUCAGAAUCCAACUCACUACAAGCUCAAAGAAGAUGCAAAUCAAGAAGAUGAAGAUGAGUUACUUCGUCAGAUUUGUGAGAAGGAUAUUGAUCUUCUUCGAAAAUGCGAUCUGGUUGAAGCCGAAAGCCUUCGCUCAACCCAGUUUGGCGACGCUAUGGCUCGCUACUACAUCCAGUUCGAGACUAUGAAAGCUCUAUUGUCACUGAAACCAAAAGCAUCUGUGUCUGAAACUCUUAACGUGAUCGCACAAGCCGAGGAAUUCCGCGAGAUCCGCCUCAAAGCCGGGGAGAAAUCGCUCUACCGAGAGAUCAAUCGUGAUUCAGGAAUUCGAUUCCCAAUCAAAGUCGACCUAGCGCUCCCAGCGCACAAGAUCUCACUCCUCCUUCAAUCCGAGCUAGGCGCAAUUGAGUACCCCGACAAUGAGCCACUCCAAAAGCUCAAAUUCACCUUCCAGCAAGACAAAAGCCUAGUCUUUGCACAUGUAAGCCGACUAAUCCGCUGCUUGAUCGACUGUCAAAUCGCCCGCGGUGACUCAAUCUCCAUCCGCAAUGCCCUUGAACUCGCCCGGAGCUUUGGAGCAAAGGUCUGGGACCACUCGCCUCUCCAAAUGAAGCAGAUUGAGCAAGUGGGUGUCGUUGCAGUUCGGAAGUUGGCUGCUGCGGGGAUUACCAGUAUUGAAGGGCUGGAAUGUGCGGAGCCUCAUCAGAUUGAGAUGGUUCUUAGCAAAAACCCGCCUUUCGGGUCAAAGUUGCUGUCGAGAUUGAAGGAGUUUCCGAAACUGAGGGUUUGUGUGAAAAUGCUGGGAAAGGAAGUGAAGAUCAACUGUGUCAAUGUGCGAUUUAAGGUUGAAAUCGCGUUUUUGAAUGACAAGAUUCCAAGAUUUUUUCAACGUCGCCCGGUAUAUGUGUGCUGCUUGAUAGAAAGGUCUGAUGGCAUCGUGGUCGACUUUAGACGGACAAGUGCCAUCAAGCUCCAAGAGAAAUUGGAGCUUGAUCUCACGACGGACAUGACGAGUGCGGAGCAAGCCAUUGUGUGUCAUGUUAUGUGCGAUGAAAUCGCAGGGACAUGGCGACAAGCUGAGCUCAAACCUAGCCUGCUCUCCCAUCUCUUCGCUGCUGUGCGAGAUAAAACCGCCAAUGCGCAAAAGACUGAAAGCUCGAACCUACCACCUCGUCCCACCAAGGGAAAUUUGAAUCUCAAAGACACAGAAAAACCGAAGACCAGCACGCCUCAUCCCCAAGGACGAGGUAUCACUACCAUCAAGGCCAAAUCUCGGCGGGAUACGGACAAUUUUGAUGGUGAUGACCUGCAACUCGAUGAUUUCCUCGUUGCAAAUGAAUGUCCUGCCAAGGCGAUGGAAUCUCAAACGCCACAGCCUCAACAGUUCGAUGAUCUAAAUUGGUUCUCGAUCGACGAAGAUGAGUACGAGCCAGCCAGACUUGCGAAUGGCAAAUGGGCUUGUAACCACAAAUGCAAAGACAAAACAAGCUGCAAACAUUUCUGCUGUCGUGAGGGUUUGGAAAAGCCCCCGAAGCCACCGAAGCGACCUGUAGCGACCCAAAAGGAAGGUGGCCUCAAUCAAUUGACCAUCUCCGAGCAUGUUUCAAAGACGAAGAAGAUAACAUCAACUUCGCAAGCUGGAAAGAGGAAUACAAGUCGAGAGAAGUCUGCCCUUUCGGAGAGGGACAAGGAUAUUCCUCCACACAAGAGAAAGCGGGAAAAGAGUCCUGUGAAGCCCCUCUCCAGUGAUUAUGGUGAUGAAGCCUUCGAUGACCUCCCGUCUCCCUCACGUCUUCUUGGGAACAGGGGAUCAGGGCUUGCAACAUCGGUACCUCCAGUAAUGGAUGAUCGACCGAAGAGCACCAUUACAAAUGUUCCGGCCAUGGAAACAAAGCAUACAAACCCCGAACAAUCUGCUGCACGGUCUGGUCUUUCCCCAAAAGACCAAAGCAAGUCGCCUCAACGCGAGAUAAUCGAGAUUCCGGAUGACACGCCGCCAAAAUCAACAGGAUUGCCAACGAAAAUGAACCAAGACUCCCCUACCAAACAGAGCGCACUGCGACUAUCAACAAGGCCAGAUCAAUCACCCAGCCUGAAACGGAAGGUGGCUGAAGACAAAACACAAGACCAAGAGGAGAAAAAGCGGGUGAAGCAAAGUCCCUUUGUUCCUGCUUCACAACUUCACGCUUCAACCCCUUUGAUCGACGAAAAAUCACUGAGCCCUGAGCAGCCUGUGUCUCCUGUUUCUCCUGUGGUUGGCGGUCGGAUGGAUUUGACUGCAGCAUGGAACGACGACGGGAUUGAUCUGCUUGAUGAGUUCAAAGAUAUCAUUAAAUUUAUUUAG